AUGUUUGAUGUUGUUCAUGAGGUGUACUUGGAGGCUCCCAAGCUGGGUAUUGAGAUUGAUGCUUGUUGCCUUAAUAUACUCAUCAAGGGACUAUGUGAGUAUGGGAAAUGGAUGCUGCACUUAAGGUGCUCGAUGAAUUUCCUAAGCAAAGAUGUGGAUGAAGCUUUUGGGAUGUUAAAGAGGAUGGAAAAUGAGGGGAUCGAUCCGGAUGCCAUCACGUUUAAUAUAUUGAUAGCGGGGCUCAGGAAACAGGGGAGAUUUGAAGAGGGGAUUAAGCUUUUGGAGGAAAUGAGGGGCAAGGGGUGUGAUCCAAAUGCAGGGUCUUAUCAGGAGGUUUUGUAUUGUUUUCUUGAUGCACAGAGGUUUGUUGAGGCCAAAGAGUUUAUGAGUUGGAUGAUCUCUAAGGGCGUUGGCCCGAGUUUUGUAUCGUACAAGGCGUUGAUUCAUGGACUGUGCAAAGAAAAUCUGGUGCAGGAUGUGGAUUGGGUUUUAAAGCAGAUGAUAAGACAAGGCUUUCUUCCGAAGAUGGGGAUGUGGAGGCAGAUCCUCAAAAGCAUGUUUUCAGAGAAGAGCAGCCAUUGUUGUAUUUCCUAUGAAGAAAUUGUAGAUAAUUAA